AUGUCGACAGAAGUCCCGGUUCGAGUAGCUGUCAGAGUCAGACCAUUACUGCCACAGGAAAAAUUGCAAGGUUACGAUGAAUGCAUUUGGUCUAUUCCAAAUCAGCCUCAAGUGGUCAUCGGAAAAAACAAAUCAUUUACAUUCGAUUAUGCCUUUUCACAAAGCACUACCCAGACUGAGCUCUUUGAAAACUGUGUUGAGCCAUUGCUACAAAACUGCUUUGAAGGCUAUAAUGUAACCAUUUUUGCAUAUGGACAAACUGGUUCUGGUAAAACUUAUACAAUUGGUGGAGCGAAUACAGCUGGCACAUCAGAAGAAGAAGCGGGGAUUAUUUCCAGGGCAAUUAAAAGAAUCUUCGAAGUAAUUCAGGCAAAUUCUAUCGAUAUCGAGAUGAAAGUCUCCUAUAUCGAAAUCUAUCGAGAAGAAAUGCAUGACCUUCUUGAUGUCGAUUCGGUGGGAAAGGAGAUGCAUAUUCGUGAUGACAGCCAUGGAAAUACAGUUGUCACUGGAGCAAGAGAAGAAAAUGUUGACUCAGCUGAAGAAGCUUUACAUUAUUUAGACGUCGGUUCCCUAGCCCGUCACACCGGUGCUACCGCUAUGAAUGAACAGUCUAGCCGAUCUCAUAGCAUUUUCACAGUUACUAUCGAACAACGAUGGAACGGAGUUAGGAAAUUAAAUUAUCGAUCUAAAAUCUUAUUAUCUCAUCAAAAUGAAAGUGAUGGAGAUAUUCAAGCAGAAGACAGAAACGAACCGCAUUUCAUGUGUUCGAAAUUUCAUUUCGUUGACUUAGCUGGUUCAGAGCGUUCCCAUAAAGCCGGUACUGCAGGUCUUCGAUUUAAAGAAUCUGUUCAUAUCAAUUCUGGAUUACUUGCUCUUGGUAAUGUAAUCAGUGCUUUAGGUGAUUCGAAGAAAAAGUAUGCCCAUGUUCCUUAUCGAGAUUCUAAACUAACACGAUUGCUGAAAGAUUCUCUGGGUGGUAAUUCUCGAACGUUAAUGCUAACUUGUCUCAGUCCGGCCUCAAGUAACUUCGCUGAAAGCUUAAACGCACUAAAUUACGCAAACAGGGCUCGCAAUAUUAAAAACAAACCAAUUGUCAACAUCGAUCCACGAUCCCUAAAAAUAGCUGAAAUGCAAUCCGAAAUACAGUCACUACGUGAUGAAUUAGAAAAGCGAAAACACCUUGAAGGAGAAACAGAAGAACUGACGGAAGAAGAUGGGAAGAAAAUACAAACUCUAGAAACACAACUGGAUAAGUACAGAAACGAUUGUAUCUUUUACUAUGAGUGCAUCAAAGAAGCUAAAAAUAUAUUUUCUGACUUGGAAGAAAAUGAACCAUCUUCCGAUAUGUUAUCCCAAACAAAAAUGAACAGCUGGUUAGACCUAAUUAAACGGGAGGAAAAGGUCAGAAUUAGUGGCUUUCUUCCAGUAAGAGAAAGUCAAAAUGAUAUCAUUCAACAACUACGUGAAGAGCUUAUCAAGUUACGUGCCGAUUUAGCAAGCGAUGAAGAAAUCUUUGCUGAAAAAAUUAAAGAAGUCGAUCAAGCCAACAAUCGCUUAGAAUCACUGCAAACGGAAAACAAACAAUAUAAAGAAGCGCUAGAGCAUUCUCACAGGCAGAAUGAGAAUUUAGAGCAACGUCUUUUAGAACUACAAUUGAAAUUAAUUGAUGAAAAUCCGGAAGAUUCUUCGGUAUUCACAAAUGUAGAAAUAAUGGAAAAUGACCAAGAUAAAAAUGUUCAAUAUCACCAUCUACCCAAGCAACUUCGAUCAAGCUCGAUGCCAUGCAAUGAUGAUAUUAAACCUUUACCCGCAAAGGGAAAAUUUCGCUCUGGUAGCUCAACGACAAGAAAUUUGCAUAGUAGUCCAGCAGUGUUGUCAGGCGAUAAAAUGUUACAAACAUUUCGAGCGCGUAGUCGGAUACUUGAAUCCAGAAUUGAGGAUGAAGACGAGGUUUUAAGACCUAAUCAUAUCGAUGAUGAAGAACUUGAAAAAAUUCAGCAAAAAGAUCGCUAUCUGUAUAGGAUUAUAGCUCAAAAAGAAUCAGAAAUGGUACCAAAAUCAAAAGCUAACGUGGAUAUUCCACCUUCUAAUUCCGCUCCACCAUUUAUUACAGAGAAAGAUAGAAGCAUAGAUGAUGAAUACAUCGUCGAAGAUUCGCUAGAAAAGACCCUUCGAAAAAGCGUUAAUCAAUUACAAUUCAAUACAGAUUCAGUAAAAAUUAAUCUUAAAGAAUCACAGGCUCGUUUAACGGAUUAUCAACAUCAAAUUCGGUCUCUCUCUACCAGUAUAAGAAUUAAAGAAGAUCUUAUCCACGAGCUAAAGGCUAGCCGUAACGAAAUGAAGAGCUUAAAUAAGACCACUGUCAAUCGUAUAAAUACAAUGAAAUCGGAUAAUCAGAAAUAUCAGAAUGAAUUAACAUCUGCCAAAGCUGCAAUAGAUGGUUACGAUCAACAAGAAGAGCAGGAUACCAAUGAGAAGAAGAAAUUAGAAAAAGAAUAUCAGACCACGAUGAAAAUCGCCGAAGAACGUCAAAGGGCUCUGGAAAAGCUACAAGCUGAAUAUGAACAUAUGAAUACAAUUCAUCACGAAACCUUAGAGAGAAUUGAUAAUUAUGCUGAAGAAACUAAGCGAAUGCAUGCCCAAAUAGACAUUUCUAAAGCUAAGUUAAAAGAAGAAGCAGAAAUAAAAGCUCGUCUAGAAGAAACUUUGCGACAACAACAGGACAAGUUGAAGGAAUUACAACAGCAAUAUGAGGAAGAACAAGCUAAACCGAAAUUAAAUACGAGUAUGGAAAGGGAAGAACUAAAUAAGAAAAAGGCUUGGCUAGAUAGUGAAGUAGAAAAGAUAAUCCAGAGAAGAAGAGAUAUGGAAGAUUAUGAAGAGGAAAUUCGCCGUAGGGAAGAAAUUGUAUCCAAUAAGGAAAGUUUAUUAUCGGAAAGAAGCAACCUAGAACUAAUAAAGCUACGAAGUAGUCAAGCUAUUUCGAAGGACAUUUUAAGAAUAUCUACUCAAAUUGACACCAUUGAUAAAGAUAUUGACGAUAAAAGUAGCCGAAUGAGUGUUCAAAAAAGCCAACAACUUCAAAACGACAUAUCCAAGCUUUACAACGAAAAGGAGAAACUAUUAAAGAAUCGAAAUGAAUUGGAUGAAAAUCUAAGAGUCAAUUGUAUUAAUUCACCAGAAGAGGAACAUAAACUGUUAGAAAUGGAUGAAGCCAUCGAAGCUCUCAAUGCUGCUAUCGAGUUUAAGAAUGAAGCUAUCAAGAAAAAGAAGAGACUACUUCUCAAUCAAGAAGAUGAAGAAUUAGGAAAAUCUGGUCAUUCCAUAAGAAAGAGAUUAGACCAUAUCUCUGAAAUUGAAUCCAAAGAAUUACUGCAAAAAUAUAUCGAUAAGCAACUUUAUCAAGGAGAUAGUAGCUUAACCAGGAAUCGAUCUUGUCAGGUUGUCGAUCUCAGAGAAGAUGAAAAAAGGAAAGAAAAGUGUAUUGACCAACUAAAACUACAAAUUGAUGAACAAGGUAAAUCGAUUGCACAAUUAGAGUUAUCCUUACAGUUGUCCAAGCAUGAAAAUGACAGAAAAUUAAUGUAUCAACAGAAAGAAUACGAAAAAAAAAUGCAGCAUCUCAUGAAACAACUAUCGAAAUAUCAAGAAGAAGAAUCUAAAUCUACUUCUGAACCGUCUGCUCCUUCGGAUACUGAAGUACUUACCCAACGAAUUAAAGAGCUUGAGAAAGAUUUAUUUUAUUACAAACGCUUAAGCCGAGAAAUGAAGAAGAAAGUUCGUGAUACACUUAAUGCACAGCAAGAUCAAAAGGCAGAAAAAACGAUAUCAGCAGAGCCUUCAUCAUCGACGUCAAGAGAGAAGCUGGGUGGAACUUAUAGCUUAAGCGGAGAUUUAUCUGAUUUACGAUCCAAGUCUGCAAAGCCUCCCCGAUCAGCAAGACCGGAAAGUAGCACAAGUACCGAAGAUGUAACAAGCCGGAGUGGGCCUAAACUAGCCCCAGUACGAAUUAAUCGUAAAGAUUUAAGGCAGAUAAGUGAUGAUGAAGCAAAUCAACGACGAAAAUCAUCGAGCACAAAAAAUGGUAACGAUUAUAACGCAUCUUUGCGUAAACUAAUUGAAUUCUCAAAGCAUUUACAAUAA